AUGCGACUGGAAACUUUCAGGUGAGUUCAUGAAUUUACAUCGGUAUUUAAUAGCACAGACCGUGACACCAGGAGUCAUUACCAAGAUUACAAGAAAAAAAUAAAAGUGUUGAUUAGUAAGAUGGUACAGAAAGUAACUGAUAAAUUUCAAAGUAAUUAAAUUAUUUUCCAAUUAAUUUAAUUUAAAUAUCUUGGGAACCUACUUCUAGUCCAGCGGUGAUAUGGUCCUUGACCACAACUCUUUCCACCAUGACAAAAUCAGUACUGAUGAUCGUCCAUCCAAGAAAAUGCUUCUCGUAGAGAAGCAUUUAGAGGCAGGGCACAAGCAUGGCAAUUACUGUGCUGCCAUACACUGGUUUUCAUAAAGCAUUGAAUACAAUACUUCUCAGAGAGAAGCAUAGCGUUCUACUUUGUGCUGGGGCAUAGCAAUCUUAUAGAGCACUCUCCUGGCUGCCCGAUUGACACCUGGGAGCGUGCAACUUAAUAAAAGUGCAGAUUUCCUUUGAUUUCUCUUGAAAUUGUUACUUUUGUAAAUUGUAAAGGGAGGACACUCUUUUAAUCCCUAAGAGUAGUUUGAAGUGUUCAUUUAAGAAGUUUAUUGUCAAUUAAGUGUUUUAAUAUGACAAAAUCACAUUUACUAAUGACAAAAUCUAUUUUAGAUUUAAAAUGAACAGUAAGAGUAGUUUCUGAUGAAAAGUAGUUUAUGAUUUUCUCUCAGAGAGCAGUCAGAGUCCCAGCGUGCAGAGAGUGAGGAGAAAAUUGCCUACUUGGAAUUAACAGUGUCCCAGUUACAUUCGGAGCUACAAAGCAGCAUGAACGAGGUAUGGCAUAAUGAGGCCUUACUGUUACAUUUCCAAUUCUUUUUAUCUAUCAGACCUACAAUAGCUUCAUAUAUUGUAUUUGGCUUUACAUAGAAUGUUGUCUGGUGACUAUCUGAAACUAGGUUGACUUGAAUAAUGUAGUUUUCUAUGGCAAUGCUUCUCACUAACUCCUAGAACACCAUCAAAUGUCAAUUAUGCAUUUUAUUUUAUUGUUUUCUAUAUCUAAAGGUAUAAAUAUAUACAUUUAGAUUGUAAGCUCACAGGCUAUCUAGCAAAACAAUCUGUAUAAAAGAUUUUCAGGCCUAGAUCUAAUAGGCAGGGCCCUCUACUUUUUGUAUUGGUCUGAUUAUAUCGUACUGUAUUUUUCCCAAUUGUACAGCGCUGUGGAAUAUGUUGGCCAUGUAUUGCCAUCAUCUCACAACCUGAAAGAAGCAUACCAUUUUGAAACUGACUGUAUAUAUUCCUUAGGCCAUUGAAAUUAAUUGUUUUUAUUAGCAGAAUGUUAAAAUAAUGUGGAUAUUAAGGGUUUUGUCACUAAAAAAGUGAAUUGUAGUAAAUUUAAAACUAAAUUGCAAAAUCCCAACAAAAUAUCCAAGCGGUGACUAUAGUGUACAUUACUUAAUAUGUUCUGGAACCUAAUAUAGUGUGAAUAUAAAUCCAAGGCUGCAAAAAAAAAAAAAAAAAAAAAAUACACUGACAUAUAUUUUCACUUGCAAUACCAAUUACAGAAGCAAACAAAGGUGCUAUCUGCUAAUAUAAGUUACCCAAUUGUUCACUAAUAAUUCAAAACCUUUAUUAGUUUGUUUGUUUGUGAAGCUGUGUAUUGUAAACCCUCUUUCUCAGGUACCGACAUCACAGGAGAAAGCUUAUCUUUUCCCUAGUUGUACAAUUACAAAUUAUGAUUCUGUCCUCUCCUAACCUUCCUUAAAGGGACACUAUAGUCACCAAAACAAAUUUAGCUUAAUGAAGCAGUUUUGGUGCGUAGCUCAUGCCCCUGCAGUCUCACUGCUCAAUUCUCUGCCAUUUAAGAGUUAACCCCUUAACGCCGUUACGGCGUUCUCUGCCGUCCCGCAUUAAAAGGGCUUUAAAGCCUUCUUCUGGAGGGCUGCCUGACAGCCCAGGCAGCCCUCCCCCCAGCAAAUGAGGCCCCUGGGGGCCAUGUGAUUGCUCUCAAAGAGUGAUCACAUGGCCCCCUAUAGCUGGCUGUGGAUCUGCCAGCAGGGGGACUGUCUGAAAUGUCAGACAGUCCCCCUGCUGGUGGGAAGUGUAAAAUAAAUUAAUUAAACAUGUUUAAAAUAUAAAUUAUGUGUAUAUAUGUAUAUAUAAAAUAUAUAUAUUAUUUAUAUAAUAUAUAUAUAUACAUUUUAUAUAUAUGUAACAUCAUACGUAGUGUAUUUUAAUAUUAAUAUAAGUACAUAUAUUAGUAUUAAAAUGCACUUAGAAUGACGUUACAUAUAUAUAUGUUUAAAUAUUAUAUAUAUAAUAGAUAUAUACACAUAUAUUAUAUAUCUAUAUAUUUAUAUAUAUAUAUAUAUAUAUAUAUAUACGUAUAAUUACAAUAAUAAAUAAAUAAAAUAAAAUAUUGAAACAAAAUUUAAUAUAAAUUAUAUGUUCAUAUGUAAUUUCAUUCUAACUGUAUUUUGUUAUUAAUAUAUAUAUAUAUAUUGGUAACAAAAUACACUUAGAAUGACAUUCUAUAUAAAUCUAUCUAUAUAUAAAAUACAAAUAACCGCAAAUAUAUAUAUAUAUAUAUAUAUAUAUAUAUAUAUAUAGAUAAAUACAUAUAAUUACAUAAAAGAUUACAUUAGUAUACACGUAGAAUUUAAAUACCUAUAAAUGCAUAUAUAUUAAAAUUCUACAUGUAUAUUUAAGUAAUCUUUUAACAUAAUUAUGUGAUUUGAUUAAUUAAAAUUUGAUUGACAUGCUUGACAACACAGGGAGAAAGUGCAGAGAAUUUAAUUCGCAAGCACUAUAUUUGACCCUGUAACUCUCCAAGACACCAUAAAACCUGUACAUAGGGGGUACUGUUUUACUCAGGAGACUUCGCUGAACUCAAAUAUUAGUGUUUCAAACUGGUAAAUUGUAUUACAAUGAUGAUAUUUUAAGUAAAAGUGAAGUUUUUUGCAUUUUUUACAAACGAACGGCACUUUUAUGGACUAUAUUAUUGUUGUAAUAUGUUUUACUGUUUUAAAACACUAAUAUUUGUGUUUAGUGAAGUCUCCCGAGAAUAACAGUACCCCCCAUGUACAGGUUUUAUGGUGUUUUGGAAAGUUAGAGAGUCACAUAUAAGGCUUGCAUUUCAUUUUUUUUACAUUGAAAUUUGCCAGAUUGGUUAUGUUGCCUUUGAGAGCGUAUGGUAGCCCAGGAAUGAGAAUUACCCCCAUGAUGGCAUACCAUUUGCAAAAGUAGACAACCCAAGGUAUUGCAAGUGGGGUAUGUCCAGUCUUUCUAAGUAGCCACUUAGUCACAAACACUGGCCAAAUAUUAGUUUUUUGCUUUUGUCACACAAAAACAAAUAUGAACACUAACUUUGGCCAGUGUUUGUGACUAAGUGGCUACUAAAAAAGACUAAACAUACCCCACGUUCAAUACUUUGGGUUGUCUACUUUUUCAAAUGGUAUGCCAUUAUGGGGGUAAUUCUCAUUCCUGGGCUACCACACUGUCUCAAAGGUAACAUUACUAAUCUGGCAAAUUUCAAUUUGAAAAUGGAACGUUCUGUAUUUGACCCUGUAACUUUCCAAAACACCAUAAAACCUGUUAAUGGGGGGGUACUGUUUUACUCAUGAGACAUCACUGAUUACAAAUAUGUGCAUUUUUGUGCAGUAAAACCUAACAGUAUUAUGACAUUCACAGCUAAAAUGUCAGACGGAAAUACAAAUUUAAAAAAAAUAUUUUCUCACAAUUUUUUAAAAUUUUAUUCAUAAUAAAUUAUGUUCCAUAUAUGAAUAGUUAAUGAUAAAUUAAAGCCCUGUUUCUCCUGAACAAAAUGAUAUAUAAUAAAUGUGGGUGCACUUUAUGUGACAGCGGUGAAUUACGGUUGAACAGACAUAUAGCGCAAAUUCCAGUUUUUGUUUACGUUUUGUUUUGAUCAGAACGUGCACUAUUGACUCCGUCCUGAAGGGGUUAAAUCACUUUUGUUUCUGUUCAUGCUGCUCAAGCCUCAACUCCAUUGGCUGUGACUUACACAGCCUGCAUGAAAAAAAUGGUUUAAUUUUCAAUCACGUUUUUUAUUUCCUGCUUGUGAAUUGAACUUUAAUUACAAGCAAGCUAUUAGCAUAGUAGGAUAUAAAAAAAAAUCUAAGUUAAACAGACUGUGCAAUAAAGGAAGUAUAAUCAUUAGAUGACUCUUUACAGGAAAUGUUUAGGGAGGCUGUGUAAGGCACAUGCAAGGAGGUGUGACUAGGGCUGCGUAAACAAAGUGAUGUAACUCCUAAAUGACAGAAAAUUGAGUAGUAAAGUUGUUUUUGGUGACUAUAGUGGACCUUUAAACUAAUAUAUAUCUAUAGCAGUGCAUUUAAUUCAUCUGCUCUGAGCAGGGUUUAUAGAACAAGCUUCUCAUUACAAGUGACACUGCAAAAACACCCACUCAUUUUUUAGAAGUUGCUCUCAUGUAGACCCUAUGGAGUAGUAUAUUGUGUUCAUUAUGCUAUUGUAAUGAUAGUUUUAAUGAUAUGUGAUGUUGCAGGGGAAAGAAUACAUAGUGCACCUUGCAGCGCUGAACUCUGCUUUGACAGAGACUCAUGAUAAGCAUGCGCAGGAAUGCCAGAAACAUAAUGAAAAACUCCAUCAGUUAAGUGUAUGAUUUUAAUUUAUAAUCUCCAUAGUUAUACCACUACCUGUUUAUUGUAAUUUCACUUUUAGUCCUUUAAGUAUCAUAACUGCCCAGCCACUUGAUAAAAGUUUUCAUUUGGUUACUGAAUUUCAGUGAAAAUGAUAAGGAAUGGAAUAAAAAAAAAAAUUAAAACUUCUGAUAAUCUCUUCUAAGUCGUCUCUCUCUCACUCACUCUAUCACUAGCUACUAGCUCUCUCAAAACAAAACGUGAAUGAACUCAACCUAAUAAACACAAUGAUUCUAAUUCACUGUCUCACAGUCAUCAUCAGGAAAUUAUGAAAAACUGACAGGAGGUCUUAGAUUGGUCUGAUUUUGCAGUAAGCUAAAUGAUUGGCUGAAAAAACACCUGCUAGCACUGCAUGAUGAUUGGUCAGUGAUUAUAGUCACAGUAUUGGCGAGAAAACACUCACUGCUCCACUGUCAUUGGCUGCAGAAUUGUGUGUCUGAUAACAAUUUAACGAAUGGAACCGAAUGAAAAUUUGGAACUGAAACUGUUUAUUCGGUCAUUCGUUAAAUAUAAGUUGUGUUUAGAUUCAGACGAAAUGACUGAAAUUUUUGGUGAUUAGAACAUUUGGCCAAAACCAAAUGCACAUAUCUGAAAUAUAUAUUAUAUGUAUGUGUAUAUAUAUAUAUAUAUAUAUAUAUAUAUAUAUAUAUAUAUAUAUAUAUAUACUCUCAAUGCAUGUUCCUUAAACUGUACUCAUCCUCUAUAAAGGAAUCGUUGCAAGACUGUCGAAAACAACUAAGCUUGGAAAAACAACUGAACAAGCAACUAGAAGGUGAAAAAAUCACAAUUAAUCUGACCAAUGAGAAAAUCCAUAAAGAGAUGAGCAUGGAAAUCCAGAAACUCCAAGAUGAAAUGAACUUACUGAGAAAAGACAUCGAGCAACAGGUCAGUUGGCAUAGGGUAUGUGGGAGUCAUAGGUUAGAAUAUACAUUAUCUCACAAAAGAGAUUCCUCUUAUAAAAAGAAGUCUCUUCUAAAGAUGAUGCACAAGAAAGACUGCAAACAGAUGCUGAAGACAAGCAGACUAAGGGCAUGGAUUUCUGAACCCAUGUCUUGUGGUCCGGUGAGACCAAGAUAAACUUAUUUUGUUCAGAUGGUGUCAAGCGUGUGUGGCAGCAACCAGGUGAGGAGUGCAAAGACAGUGUGUCUUGCCUACAGUCAAGCAUGGUGGUGGGAGUGUCAUGGUCUGGAGCUGCAUGAGUGCUGCCGGCACUGGGGAUCUACAGUUCAUUGAGGGAACCAUGAAUUCCAACAUGUACUGUGACAUACUGAAGCAGAGCAUGAUCCCCUCCGUUCGGAGACUGGGCUGCAGGGCAGUAUUCCAACAUGAUAUGAUUAUGACCCCAAACACACCUCCAAGAUGACUUCCAAGAAGCUGAAGGUAAAGGUGAUGGACUGGCCAAGCAUGUCUCCAGAUCUAAACCCUAUUGAGGGGUAUCCUCAAACGGAAGGUGGGGGAGCGCAAGGUCUCUAACAUCCACCAGCUCUGUGAUGUUGUCAUGGAGGAGUAGAAGAGGACUCCAGUGGCAAUCUGUGAAGCUCUGAUGAACUCCAUGCCCAUGAGGGUUAAGGCAGUGCUGGAAAAUAAUGGUGGCCACACAAAAUAUUGACACUUUGGGCCCAAUUUGGACAUUUCCACUUAGGGGUGUACUCACUUUUGUUGCCAACGGUUUAGACAUUAAUGGCUGUGUGUUGAGUUAUUUUGAGGGGACAGCAAAUUUACAGUGUUAUACAGGCUGUACACUUACUACAUUACAUUGUAGCAAAGUGUCAUUUUUUCAGUGUUGUCACAUGAAAAGAUAUAAUAAAAUAUGUACAAAAAUGUAGUGAGAUACUGUACCAAAAACUGAUUAGAUAAUCUGUAUGUAUUUAUUUAACAGUUCUUAUCCAGAGCAUUCUGAAAGAUUGAUCCUAAAUAAGGUGACGAACAAAGCUAUAUAUAUAAUUAGACAGAGAUUCUGGUAGAAAAGGAACACUGGUUGCAUUGAUAUUACGUUAUCCUUGACAUGCGAUCAAUGCACAGGAAUAUUUUGGAGUUUUUUCAUGACACAGAGAAAUAAAUCAGAGUAACAAUGAAUAUCCUUUGGAACAUUAAAACCCAUGAAAUGUUCUAGUAACUAGAAUAAUAGGCAAACUGCUUCCAGCCAUCUGAUUAGUCCUUCCUGCUCAUAUGCCUGACCUCAAUAAUGACUUCUGUCAUUACUAACAUUUAGAAUAGCAAAGCAUUACUCUAAUCAAAGCACAGACAGAGCAGCAGCAUAUCAUUUAAACACAUAUGUUGGGUUUCCCCAAAUCCGUGCACUGGUGAGGAAUAGCAGCUUCCCUAAUUUCCUCCACUCAAUGCCAUAUAAACCAAGCUCACUAACCUGCACACAGGGUGAUGACCCCUAAAACCACUGACCUUUUGCCCAAGUUUCCUCUGCCGGUUUUCAGUUCACUACAAAUCAUACUUUAUAGUCAUGAUAUUAAUAAUCACAAACUGUGUACUUUGCUUUUUUUUUUUUUUAGAAGGCAGUUAUAAUUGAAAAAGAAAAAAAUCUGAAAAUCACCUCUUCCCAGCUGUCAUCAACAAAAGAGCUCCUGGACGAGACUGUUCAGGACCUGCGAGCAAAAAACAUCAGCCUGGAGACAGUAGGAAAGGGAGCUACAGAUUUGAAAAGGCUUUUAGAUCAAAAAGAAAUAAAGUUAAAACACACUAAGGAGAAAUUGAAGAAGCCGCGUUCUCAUGCAGAGGCCAAAAAACAUGAGCUAGACAACACUAAAACAGAUAUAGAGAAGAUACAGGAGCUCCAGAAUGUUGUAGAGAAGAUGAGGGCCAAACUGACUGAAAAAGACCACUUCAUAAAUGCCCUGCAGCAUCAGAUAGAGUAUCUAGUUCAAUCAGUUGGUACGGAAAGGAAGACAGUUACUGUUUUGCAGACUGAAAAUUCCAAACUUCUGGAUGAACUGAAGGUAAGAUAAAUAUGAAAUUGUUGUUUUCUUCUCUCUCGCUUCUUUAUUCUCCUCUUCCUUUUACCCAACCUUCCUCUUUGCUGUUCUUUUUGUCCCAUUUUCUCCGCAUCUACUUCCUCUAUUACUUAAUCUUCAGGUUACUUACUAUGGAAAAGUUGAGUUGAGCUUCAGUUGAGCUCUAGUUCUAUUUGACUGGAACCAGUGGCAGAUCCAGAGCCUGAUCUCGGGAGGGGCACUUGUAGAUUAUUUAAAGAAAUAAUCCAUGCACAAUAACCACUACAGCUCUGUGUAGUGGUUAUAGUGCCAGGAGUGCCGGGACCUCCUCCCAGAGUAAGUAGUCAAACCGUUUAAGAACAGUUUGACAACUUACCUGGGGUCUGCUGGGAUAUGGGGCUGUAGUAGGGCAUAGGAGCAGUGGUGUGUGUGAGGGGUGCAGUUUGUGUGUGUGUGAUGUAGUGUAUGAAUGUGUAGGGUGUGUGGGGCAAUGUGUGUAUGGGGGGGCAGUGUGGGAAUAUGUAUAGUGUAUGGGGGCAGUGUGUGUAUGGGGGCAGUGUGUGUGGGGGCAGUGUAUGUGUGUGUGGGGGGCAAUGUGUGUAGCGGUGCAGUGUGUGAAUAAUGUGUGGUGAGGAGGGUAGGGGGGCUUUUUUAUAAUGUUUUUUUUUUAAAUAAAAAUACAUUUAUGUCCCCUCUCCCUUCUUACCUUUACUGAGGGAGGAGGGGGGACAUUUCUCAAUCCCUGGUGGUCCGGUGGGGAAUCCCUGGUGGUUGUAGUGGUGAGAGUGAGUGAACUCUAGCCCACGGGAAAGUGAGUGAACUCUAGCCCGCGGCAACACUCCUUGUUCGCGAGAGAAGGACCCGGAGAAGCAGAAGGCUGGGCUCCCGGGUCCGCUCUCCCUCACUGCCCUGCCGGCUGCCAGCACGGUGCCUGCGGACCAUGGAGGGAGAGCUCUGAUCGCCCCUCCGGUCCACGAUGGCACAUUGCAGGGCUGGCGCUUGGACAGUGCCAGCCCUGCGUUAACUGGCAGGGGAGAGCCUGGGGGGGUGGAGUCAAUCGCUCCAUUACCCCCCCCUUCCCGGAUCCACCAGUGACUGGAACUAGAGUUCAUGCACGUGAGCCUCUCUGGUCUGUAAUUUUUUUGGAACACUUUGUAAACCUUUGUUACAAGUUCUUUCUCUCUAUUGUGUAUUUCUGUUUCUCCAUAAUAGUGUGCCAAUUGAAAAAAAUAUAAAAAUACAAGUUAUUAUAUUGUUAACAUAUGGAAUAUUGUAAAACUAAUCUUAUUGGGGGUAUGUUCUGGAUUCCAAGCAAAGUGGCUGCAUGUUCUAAUGGCUCCGCUCCAAAUCGGCUCCAAAUUGAGCAAUAUUGACUGAUAAAACUCACAAACCUCAUCAGGUCGCAAUCGAAAAGUAAGAAAACCAUGGAGCGCCUUGAAAAAUCUAAUAUUUUUUGCCUCCAGAGCCGGGCAUGAAAAGAAUGUCUCGCCGCAAGAAACAAGCCAAGAUGGCACUGACGACAACCUUGUUUAGGCCCAGGGGUCUCUGGCACCUGAUACCCCUCUUACCCAAGGGCUUAUGCAAACUAUGCUGGAUGACAUGUCGACCAAAUUACUCACUACCCUGCAAAUAUCCAUCAGGUGUUUACGCAGAGACUUGCAAGAUCUAAUUAUGAGAACCUCUGCUAUGGAAGACAAGAGGGCUGACUAUGCUGAAGAACAUAAUGAUUUGGCUAGCAGAGUGGAAGACCUGAUGUCUCAAAAGGAUGCUUAUGAAAGUAAGUUAGCAGACAUGGAGGAUCGGGCCAGACACAACAACCUCUGGAUUUGCAGGAUAGCUGGAAUGGUUUAUGUCACUGGACUUCUUACAAUUUUGACACCUGAUUUAUUGACAAGUUUCAUUGUUGGAUCACUUACAUAGAAUGACAAGGCCGAAAUUUCUACCACCUGACACCCCAGGAGAUGUUAUGGUGCACAUGCACUACUAUCAUGCGAAAGAAGUAAGGCUCAAAUCCAUCAGGAUAUAGAAAGAGUUGCCAAAGCCUUACAAUGGAAUUAAAUUGCUGAUAUUUCCACUUCACAAGAUCCUUCCUUUGGGAACACACCACCUUGCCUAUAGGUGGGGAUACCCUGUGAAGUUGCUGGUACAACGUGAUGACAAAAGUGCCAAGCCAGAUGAUGGAGCUCGCACCCAUCACCGCUGGGGUAUGGAACCGCACACCGCAAACAAAACUUAG